AUGGCGAUGCGCUGGCUGCCUUGCGUUCGCCUGUGCAUUCCAUUGCUGCUGGCGAUCGUGGUGGUCGGCAAAAUGACGUUGGCGGACACUGGGGCGAAAGAGCCCCGUGGGAACAAAGAUGGGGACCAGCUUUCGCUUGCAUGGCUCCAGCCGAUGGCGGUGAGCAUGGGCGUGAGCGGUGGCGCGGGCCUGGCUGUGGGAGCCACGCUGAAGCUCAUCUCGAGGACUCUGGCAGUUGCAGCUGGGGUGGUCAUCAUUGCUGUUCAGGUCCUUGUGUGGCAAGACCUCAUCGAAGUGAAGUGGGCAAAUGUGGAGUCUAAAUUGAGGCCCUAUGUCGAUGUCGAUGGGGAUGGUGUCCUUACAGAAAUGGAUGUUCGACAUUUGUUUGAACAGGGCGUAGGGGUGCUGUCACAG